CCGAGCCACACACGUGCGACGUCCCUCUCCCGCCCCUAGAGGUUCCACCCACCAAUGAACAGCGGUGCAGACCACCCACUCGCUCAUCGAGCCAGCCGCUAGACCAGUAGCGAUAGAGCAGCAGCCUGAACACACAUCGCCAAGACGCACCAUGGCGAAGGCGGCGGAUCAGGAGCAGUGGAAGGGCGCCGUGGAGGCGCGUCUGCCGUCGACUCCCGCCUCCGCGGCGUGGCCGCACAUCGCCACCUUCUGCGCGCUCCACCGGUACGUCCCGAGCAUCGACGUCUGCGAGCGCGCGGCGGGCGCCGAGGACGGCCAGCCCGGGUGCGUCCGCUACUGCGCCUCCUUCGCGCCGGGCACCGAGGAGGUCGCCAACUGGGCGCGCGAGGAGCUGCUGGAGCUGGACGACCUCGCGCGACGCGUCGUCUACGCCAUCGUCGAGAGCAGCAUGGGGUUCGGCCGCUACGUCGCCAGCAUCACGGUCCUCCCCGAGGAGGGACAAGGGUGCAGGCUGGUGUGGGCGUUCGAGUGCGAGCCCGUGCAGGGGUGGAGCAGGGACGGGCUCCUCGGCUACCUCGACGGCGAAGUCAAGGGCAUGGCCGCGCGAAUCGAGGAAGCCGCCGCCGUCAGUGCAGGAGGAGACGUCGCAGCCUGAUGCUCCGGCUAGAGUAAUCAAUCGCUUAUCUGCCUAAUUAUUUCCUAUUAAUUAAUUAUGUCAUCGAACCUAUUAAUGCAUUGUUAAUCACGUCUCUGGAUGAUUGCUGCUC